UUAUAUCUUGUGGGACUAUCUUGUAUCAGGAGCAUAUAACAUGUGACAUGCUGCUGCUUGUAUCUGAUUGUAUCUAUCAUCCUAAGAACAUGAUUCACAAAUUACGCGGAAAUUCAAUUUUAUGAGUUAUUUGACAACAAAAUCCCUGAACCUCUAAACUCGAGGCAUGUUUGCUCCACUUUGAAAAUGGUUUUAUAAAGUGUUCUCCAAUUUUGUCACUUGCCAAAAGUUAGGGGCUGAUAAUGGGCCGCAUGGGGUCGAGUGGGGGGGCUUUGUCCGAGUUGUACCCAGGACUUCGAGGAAUGUGACCGGAAAAAAAUAAUACAGUUGUCAUAAAACAACACGGGUAGCUACGGCGAAAUGAAGGGGCAAAAUACUCUUCUUUUGCUAUCAUUGCUGUUUGUUUUUAACAUAUUUUGCCUUCAUUUAACGGGGUUCGCUGAUCCUCAACCAUCUGCCGAGUUUCCCAUCAUACUCUUCUCUGAACUGAAUUACAACAAUGGCUCUGAUAAUGCCAACCAGUACUACACAAGUCUCAAAGAAGGCGAAUUCCAUGUCUGGGGCAGAACAAUAACUGAUCAGAAAAGAGAAUUCCUGUACAGAUCACUGAUUGUCAUGCCUGGAAGGAAACUCACAUUUAAAGCUGGCUUUUCUAGUGGAAACAGGUUUACUUCUUUCAUUUAUAACGUCACAAACAUCUCUAACAUACACUUGUGGAUGUUUGACAAUCAAGAUGUUGGUGGCUCGUCCGGGAUCUGGUAUACCCAGUGGGAGCACUGGCAGAUGGAUUUUGCUCUCAAGGUCGAGCCUUGUCCAAAUUGUACGUCUCCAGACUGUGGUGGAAAAACCUGUUAUUUUGGUACAUGUGGUAUAGAUGGCGAAUGUCAAUGUUUAAGUGGAUAUUCGGGAAGUAACUGUUCUACAAGACCUGGUGAUACUGCUAAAUAUCCCUCAAUCCAGUACCCACUGAUUUUGUUUCCCAGCAAAUAUUUCACAGGAACACCAAAACAGGUGGAACCAGACACUUUUGAAGAGUUUGCCAAAAACAGUCAGAGUCAGUUGGUUUUCGCCUACCAAUCAAUGCGCAUUCUGUUCAGAAGGAAAAUUACCUUUUCUCGUGUUGACCAUAAUGUCCAGUAUGAGAUCCCCAUUGGACGAGACAUUGAGGAUAUUCCGUCUUUCAUGAUUAUGAAUGAGGAAGUUGGCGAUGCACUGUGGAUCAACUAUUCACCUGCGAUUGACCUGAGCUUUGCUGUCAAGGUGGACGAUAAUCCUUCUUGCACUAACUGUAGUGACGUUGGUGGUUCUUGCUUUACAGGGAGUUGUGUCUGUCUGCCUGGGUAUAGUGGAGAGAAUUGUGAGAGUCCUGUCUUAUCUCUCUACAGUUAAUAAUAUAUUGUGUUCUAGUAAGGAUUGGUAGUAGAAAUUCACCUUGGCAGAUGCUCUUUGAAAUCCAUUUAGACCCAUUUGGGGAAAUGAUAAAUCUAAGACUUGUUAAAGGAGCUCAGUCACGUUAUUAGUGUUCUUUUGGCCAAGUACAAAACUACCUUUAAGUUGAAUGAAACCUGAAAAUAACAGUUUACAGUAACAAUAAAAAAAACACCAAAGAGAUAUUAAUAAUGAACCAUAAAGGAACAAGGAUGUUUAAUGAUGGGGAAGAUCAACACAGAUUCAAUCAAUCUUUGUUUAAAUACGAAAAUCUUAAUCAUAAAAAUGGUCUUCCUAGGAGUCGUAAACCAGGACAAAGCUCCUUCAUUCAGACCAUUUCUUAAAAAUUUAGGCAUGUAGAGACUAAUUUCCAAAAAGUUUUGUCCUUGCAUUGACAUCAAAGAUUCUGGAACAUUACAGAAGCAAAGAUUUUGUUAUAAUUUGUUGACACGUUCGACAAGCAAGACAGAUUUUUAUAUUUUACAGACCAUUCUACAACCCCCUUUACCUGAGUGAAUAUAUAUUGCAAGUUAUAUAUUUUUUUACUUACAUACAUUGACCGAAAUGUAUAUAUUUUUUUGUUCACCUAAUUUGGAGUGGUUGAAGUAGAGAUAAUACUAAUAGAGAGUUGCAUUGUAAAAAUUAUAUUUUCGUUCCGUGUUCCUGUGUCACAACACAUUUCGGUGGAAAUGUCAUGAUGUAGUGAGGCUAUUCAGGUAGUUUUGUGCUAUUUCUUAUCAUUCUAAACUGUUAUUAUAAGCUCAUACAUAAUUUCUGAGUAGAGAAGUCUACCUAGGAAUUUUUUACUGAUUUUUUUUAAAAAUGAUUUUGUUACGCACAAUUAUUUUUCCAUAGUAUUUAACACAGUGGUAUUUAUGUGACAAUGAAUAUUUUUGUGUACAAGUUGUAAAUAUUUUUGCAAAUUGUUGAUGACUUGCACAUAUUUUUAAGCAUGGUUCUUUGUAAUAAAAAAUAGCGAAAUAAAUUUCUGUUUUGUAUUUCUUGUGUUUGAAAUUUGGGAUUUAAUCACUAUACCUCAAUUGUACUAGGUUAGCAAAAUUUUGGGAUUAAAGCAGAAGAAAAGCACCUGUGACUCUUUUCACUUUGAUCUAUAAGAUUUUCUUUUUCUUCUUCAUGUAAAGGGUCUCCAGAGCAAGAAGACUUGUUUAUGUUCAUGAAAUCUUGCUUUACUAAAAUAAUUAUUUUCUCACUUAUCCUGCACAGAAAUAUUCUUCUGGUAACCCUCCAACCCUUAACUGAUGGACCAUUAAGUUUUUGAGGGAGUGGGAAAUUGUGCAAUUUUUCUCCCGGGGGGCGGGGGACUCCCAUAUAUAAAGGACUGGGGAGCUCAUAGGAAAUCUUGUAAAAAACCCCUAAGAGUUACUAAGAUCCUCUUUUGUGGGCCAGGUUUGGCUUGAUAUUUUUUCUCCCCUAAAAGGUAACAAUUAUUCUAAACAACACUUUAUCUCAUGCCACAUUU